AUGACACAUCCACGAAGAAACAUGCUAGUGCAGCUUGAUCAUCUAAUGCUUCAGGGCGUCCUUCUCAUCCUCUUAUUCCCUUCCAUCAUAUAUGCUGUUGAUGCUUUUUUCGAAGAGGGUCAACUUAGAGAAAAGGGGUUUGCCUUUAGCAGUGGAGAAUGUGUGGACCUUCGGACACCGGUGUGGUGCCGGCCGAAAACUCUCCUAUGCUUAAGUCAGUUAAGAGUUUUUUGUGCUGGUUACAAUAACCUCUUGGGAUUACUUCCAGAAGAUAUGUAUGAUGCUACCACACUGGAACAAAUUGCAUUGCCUGUUAAUUCAUAA